CCUUUCCAUAUCUAUCGUUCUGCUUUGUUGCGAGCCCUGUUUUAUGUUGUAGUAUGUAUUUUUCGAUAUUGAUUGCAUUUACAUUACUUUCAGCGACGCAUGCUGCGUCCAUCGUCUCCCAAUCACGAUCAUAUCCCCUCACUUCUCGAUCGCUGAAACCUACUACUAAUCUAACUAUCUCCAAUAAAGUUAUUGCGCCAGAUGGUUUUUCACGCUCGACAACACUCGCCGGAGGAACAUUUCCUGGUCCUCUGAUCCAAGCCAACAAGGGAGACCACUUCGCUAUAAAUGUGGUGAACAAGCUGGACGAUAGCUCUAUGUAUAAAAGUACCAGUGUUCAUUGGCAUGGGCUCUUCCAGAACGGGACCAACCAUGCAGAUGGUGUUUCAUUCGUCACGCAGUGCCCCAUCGCACAAAAUGGCUCUUUUCUUCAUUCCUUCGAUGUUCCGAAUCAGGCUGGCACUUACUGGUACCAUAGCCAUUACUCCACGCAGCAAUGUGAUGGCCUCCGCGGCCCUUUAGUCAUUUACGAUCCACAUGACCCCCUGUCUUAUUUGUAUGAUGUUGAUGACGAGACCACAGUUAUUACUAUUGCCGAUUGGUAUCAUAUCAUGGCCCCGGUUCUCCGUCACAUGAUUGGCGUCAGCGCAAAUUCAACGUUGAUUAAUGGCCUUGGUAGAUAUACCGGUGGGCCAAGGUCUGAACUUGCCGUUGUCAACGUCGAGUAUGGAAAACGAUACAGACUGCGACUCAUUGGAAUGUCCUGCGACCCCUCGUUCAAUUUUACUAUCGACGGACACAACCUCACUGUCAUUGAAGCAGAUGGCCUGCUUACCGAACCACUCUUAGUCGACUCACUCCAGAUCUUUCCCGGACAACGGUAUUCUGUCGUCCUUACAGCUAAUAAGCCAGUGAACAACUAUUGGAUACGCGCGCUGCCCAGUACUGUCAACUCCACUUUUAUCGGCGGCCUCAACUCCGCCAUCCUGCGAUACAAAGGCGCACCAGCUGCAGAUCCGGCCACGAUCCACACGAAUAGCACCAUGCCGAUGCUCGAGACCAACCUUCAUCCCCUCAUCAAUCCUGGUGCACCGGGGAUUCCUGAGUAUGGCAUGGCGGACAUCAACCUGAAUUUGGUGGUCAACAACACUGGUGGACUGUUCUAUAUUAACGGUGUCAACUACAAGCCUCCCACCGUGCCUGUACUCCUGCAAAUCCUUAGUGGUGCGCAAGAUGCGACGGAUUUGAUGCCUAGUGGAGGUGUUAUCGUGCUGGAGGCUAAUAAAGUCGUGGAAUUGACCAUGGUUACUAACGGCUAUGGCGCACCCCACCCAAUCCACUUGCACGGUCACGCCUUUGAUGUCGUACAAUCAGGUGGCACCGGUACCUUCAACUAUCUAAAUCCUGUGCGCAGGGACGUUGUCUCUAGCGGUGCGCAAGGUCAACAAAUGGUCAUACGUUGGGUUACGGACAACUCCGGACCUUGGUUCUUGCACUGUCACAUCGACUGGCACCUCGAUGCUGGCUUCGCAAUCGUCAUGGCUGAGAGUCCCUCUGAAACCCGGCAGCACAUGAAGGGAGUAUCAACCUCCUGGGCAAACCUUUGCCCUAUAUACGAUGCAUUGACACCGUCACAAUUGGGGGCGGUUGACUCGUAUGAACAAGCAGCUAACAUAACGACUCUGCUUCUUCCCAAUUAUUAAAAGGUAUUAUUUAGCCAGCAGGGCGGGAAAGGGUGUGUGCAUAUUGCUGAGAACAAUCACUACAUUUUAUAUACCAAUCCUAAUGUCACUCGAAGUUUGCGAUUUCCGUAGAGGCAGCCAUAUGGCGUCUGGUUCAGAGGUGCAGCGAUGCUGGAGAGAAAAGGCGUGAUAAUGUGCCUGGAUAAAUGAUUUCAUCGCUGCUGCUCUGGAGUCUGGGCUAAGUAUCCUUCCACACCUUUUUCAUGUCUUGCCAGAGACUGUGAUUGCGGACCCGAAUGAUGCUUCCAUAACGUUUAACGUUCGACCCUUGAUGCACAUAAGCGCCCAGGCAUACCCUCGAGCCGUAAUAGCGAUUUAUCGCGAAAGACUUCCUGUUGCUCGUGACUCGUCUCAAGCUUGUCGAGUUGUAGUUGGCGGUGAAGAAGCAGGUUUA